AUAUAUUUGGAAAAUAUAUACUGUUGAUACUGUUAUAAAAAAUUAUUAUAAUUAUUUUAAUAUGAAAUUCAAGUCUACAAUAAAUCAAAGGACUAAGGUGAGAGCGCUUUUCUUUGGAAAAGGAACCAGCUAGGAAUUAAUAAUAUUAGUGCCCUCUAAGUUUUUGUCAUAAUGUGAGCUAAUGAGUAUUAUUGAUGACUUAUUAAUUCAUCAACUUAUUACGUAUCAUAUGAUACAGUAAAACGAUUUUCAAACAAGAAAAUAAGUUAUGAAAUUGUACUUAUUUCGUGGAUCUGCUACUUGUGAACUGAAUCAUAAUUUUAUGCUAUUUCCAGCAAUAGAGCACAUAUAAGUUUUAAAUGAGCCUAUUUUACAGGGUCACAAACCUAUUAAUUUCUUUUUCAACGCAAGGGUUUAUCCCCUUCAAGGCAAUUAUAUUAUCAUGUACCAAAUGCUAAAUACGAAGAUGAUCCCAAAAGUUAGAUUUCCUGUUUGUAGGAAAAUUAAAAUUUUUAUAUUCUCAAAAUAAAUGGUUUUACAGACAAGUGUGUUACUUGCGGAUAUCAGGUUCUGGAAUAUUUGUUUCUCCAACUGGGUUACUAAUAAGAACAGGUUCAAUAGGCCUAAGUUUCAUUAUAUGGACAGCUUGUGGUAUUAUGUCAUUAUUAGGAGCUCUAGCUUACGCAGAACUAGGUACAAUGAACCCGAGUUCAGGGGCAGAGUAUGCAUAUUUAAUGGAUGCUUUUGGGCCCAUGCCUGCAUUUCUAUUUUCUUGGAUAUCCACAUUAAUACUCAAGCCAUCACAAGUGGCAAUAAUUUGUUUGAGCUUCGCUAAGUAUGCUGUUGAAGCUUUUGUCGAUGAAUGUGGAACAUCUGAAUUAGUUGUCAAAAUUGUAGCAAUAUUAUCUAUAUUGGUUAUAACGUAUAUAAAUUGCUACAGUGUAAAUCUUGCCACUGGCGUUCAAAAUGCAUUUACUGCUGCUAAAUUAGUUGCCGUUUUUGUGGUCGUUGCUGGAGGAAUACAUAAAAUAUUUCAAGGGAAUACAGAUAAUUUUAAAAAUUAUUUCGAAAAUACUACUUCAAGUUUUGGUGAUAUAGCCACUGCAUUUUACUCAGGAUUAUGGGCUUAUGAUGGCUGGAAUAAUCUUAACUACGUUACAGAAGAAAUUAAAAAUCCUUCUAAAAACAUUCCAAGAGCAAUCUACAUUAGCAUACCACUAGUUACAUUAUGUUACUUAUUAGUGAAUGUUGCAUACCUCACCAUAAUGUCACCAGCCGAAAUAAUACAAAAUGAAGCUGUUGCUGUGACGUUUGGUUUAAGAGCAUUGGGGUCUUUAGCUUGGAUAAUACCUUUAUCAAUUACCAUAUCUACGUUUGGGUCAGCUAAUGGUACUUUAUUUGCUGCCGGUAGACUGUGUUUUGCUGCUAGCAGAGAAGGUCAUUUAAUGAAUGUCUUAUCAUACAUUCAUAUUAAAAAGCUGACACCUAUGCCAAGUAUAAUUUUUCACGCCAUUAUAACUAUCUUGAUGGUUGCAUCUGGAACGAUAAAUUCACUAAUCGAUUUUUUUAGUUUCACGGCUUGGAUAUUUUACGGUAGCGCAAUGCUUGCAUUAAUUGUAAUGCGAUUCACAAAACCAAAUGCUCCACGACCAUACAGAGUGCCUAUUAUCAUUCCUUUAGUGAUAUUCAUAAUUUCACUUUAUUUGGUGAUUGCACCUAUCAUUGACAAACCACAAAUUGAAUAUCUAUAUUCAGUAUUAUUUAUGAUAGCUGGAUUGAUAUUUUAUUUACCUUUUGUGUACAUGGGAUAUAAAUUUAAUAUUGUUGAUAGAUUGACUAUGUUCGUUCAAUUGUUACUACAAGUGGCGCCAACGAAAUUAGUUUUACCAGAUUAAAUAAAAAUUAUGUUUUAUAGUUUUUUAUUGAAAACAUAUCUCAUACAAUACCAAUGUAUUAUGUAGACAAUACCAUUUUAGCUGUUAUGAGUUAGAUAUUUUGUUAAGUUUUAAUAAUAUCAUGUGUUAAU